AUGAUGACGGGGUUUAGUUUUGUUCAUUUAUUUGCUCUGAAUUUUGUGAUGUUUCCAUGUGAAGGUAUAGGACUUUUUAUUACAUAGUAGAGAGUGAGAUACUGAAAAAUAUGUGGACAUAUUUUCCAUAUCUUCACCAGUGAGGAUAUCGAUCACGUGACUUUUAGUAUUUAUACAAUUUUUUGCUUCGGACUAUAUAAUAAACAGAACAUUACACGUUGGCUUGGAGAUAUGACUUUUAUCUUCUCGUGUUAAAAACAAUAUUUUACUCACUCGUAAAAUAUUGUUUUCACCACUCGAAGAUAAAAAGUCGUAUCUUCGCGCCGCCGUGUAAUAUCCUCUAUAUAUUCUUUUUUUGGCACAUUAGUCGUAUUUUAUUACACUGUCUACGAAAUAUCAGACAUAUACAAGGACUUAUGGGUAAUGCUCGCCAACUGGACUUUCUAGCUCUAUUAUUCUUUAAUUCUGAUAUUAUCAGUCUUUGAAACGGCAUUGAAAAUGUUUGUGUUGUUUAGGACAAAUCACUUCACCACUUGAUGGAACAAAUUUUACUUUUUUACCUGGGUCAAUAGCCAAAAUACAAUGGAAAUUUGGUAACGAUAUCAAUACAGUGCAGGCUCGGAUUUGGUAUUUCACGGGCAGCGACGGUUCAGAAAGCGUAAUUGCAAGAAUAUUUGUUGAUCGUGAUCCUAGGGAAGUACCAAACAACACGUUACCUGGAGUUACAAUAGAAAAGCCAGCAACACUGGUUUUAAAUAACGUUGAUAAACGUUAUAAUGGAAAAUACAGGUUUCAUCUUUUAGCAACAGGUGUAGGUGGUAACUUUCGUGUUGUUGUUUUUAUUGCAGGCAAGUUUAAUUUAAAUAAUCAAGUAAAGCCGCAGGUUUUCGCAAAAUUCCGGUAUAAUAUUUUUAUGGAGACAACAUCGUCGAAUGUUUUAUUUUCAACAACAGAAAUAUUGUUUUUGCUGUACAAUAUUAUAUAACAUUUUUAUGAGUAUUUUUAAGGCGGAUUUCCAUUCAGUGCAAAAUGUUCCGCGAUCGACUUUUUGCGAUCGCUUGCUUUUGAAAUACAAACUGUGAAGCGGAACAAUUAAUUUCAUUUGCUGUAAUUGACUGCACACAUUUCAAAAGAAAGCGAUCGCAAAAAGUCGAUCGCACAACAUUUUGUACUGAAUGGAAAUCAAGCCUUAAAGGGUUGCUUUUUGGCAUACAUGGUUAUCGAGAGAGCAUCUUCAAAUGUUUUGUUUCUUACCAACUUUACAAUGUUGUGUUAUGCAGCAGGCUUGCAAGACUGAAUAUUUUUGCAUAUUCUGAUAUUUGGUCUGACAAUGAUUAUAUUCAGACAUUACUUGCAUGGUAACAAAUUAAAUUAAACAUGAUAGAAAAUGUUGAUACCAGAGUUAAAAAUGCAGAUUGAAUGGAAAUGAAAGAAAUGCGGUUACAUUUUCAGGAUAGAACUGAAAAUGUUAAUGUAUAUGACUGAGUAAUUCUACACAUUCAUUGGAAAGUUCUGAAAAAUUAUAUUGGAUAAUGCUCAGAAUGCAGUUCUGUACACUGGAGCUCCAUAAGAAAAUAUCACUAGGAUUCCUUUUGACAUGUAAACAUUACAACCAUAAGCGUCACGGGUGUCACUUGAAAGUUAGCCCAAUUUUUACAAAAAACUGGAAGCUAAUUUUUUUGCAGACAAAUAAUACAAUGCUGAGUGAAUGCUGAACAUUUAUCAACUUUAAUAAGUCUCUUUCAUAAAUUUUUUUAUUCUUUGAUUUUUCGUUAGGUAUUUGUCAGCUUUACUCUAACCCAACGAAAUCAUUUUCAGAUCGACUUACCGUACAGGGCAUCAUUACAUUUCAGAAAAACCAAAUGUGACGUUCAGUUGUCCCAGUCGUACCACAGUAAAUGAAGGUGAUGACUUCACAUGCGUAUGUAGAGGUGAAGGUGGAAACCCUCCAGCCGAUGUAACUUGGUAUAAAGAUGGCAAGCACAUUGGUGGAACAGGAAAAGAAGAACAAAGAUUAAGUCUAAGUGACGUCAGUAGAACAGACAGUGGGACAUACGAGUGUAAAGCCCGAAGCCACACCGAUGACAGAUUUGCAGAUAAAAAAUCAAUCAAAGUAGAAGUUAAUUGUAAGUAUGAUUCAUAUCAGACCGCAUUACACAGUAUUUUUGGCCCUAUUUAAAUAUUGAUCGGCUGCCUAGUACUAGUGCUGCCUAUAUAACCCUAUAUUAGCUUAAAUAAAUAUGUAUUCUUGCAGUGUAACUGUAUGUUUAUAACUGCAUGUGUAGAAUUAGAGGUAAAUAACUGACGAUUCAAUUGAAAGAUUGUGUAACUGAAUUCGUCGGAAUGCAGUGACAUAAAACAUAGAACGAGGUCGGAAUGCAAUGACAUGGAACAUUGUAUGGAAUAGAUAGUAGAGCAUACAAGUGUAUAGUGUAUCCCAAAGCCACAAAAAUGUUUUCGGCAGCUUAACUUGAGUUUGCGGGUUAUAAAAAUGGCCAAAAACUUUAAUGAACAUGCUUUUUUGUUGUGACUGAAUAAAAACCAAACUAGCUUUAUAAGUCUUAUAACUUAUGUGUUUUCGAUAGUUUGUUGAUGAUGUCGUCCGAUGACUUUUAGCUAUUAUAAAUCUUUGAUAUAUAGUUAAUACGAAUUGCUGAAAACGGCCCAAUAAAUGACAUUGUAUACGUUCUGUUUGAAGGUCCUUAAGUUAGUAAUCUAGGAAAAUAAUGUAUCGAAACCAUACCUGAGAUAACAUCAUAAAACUCAAAUUUCUUCGUAUAGAUUCACCAGAAAGUACACGUUUGAAUUAUGAUGCUAAAUCACUUACCAUAACAUGUGACGGUGGUGAAGCUCGCCCUCCAGCAAGAUUUGAAAUAUUUUUCAACAAAACUAAAUUGGUCAUGAGGGGCAAGACGUAUACCAUACCUGGAAAUUAUACGUGUGAUGCAGUAAAUAUACUGGGAAGAAGUUCUUCAUUGUCCAAAUAUAUAUUCCCUGGAGGUAACAUUUUCCAUCUGAGUAUGAAUUUUUUGUAAGAAUUGCUCCAAACUGGGGUAUACUAUAAGGAUAAAGAACAGAUUGAUUUUUAUUUUAUGGUUUAUAUUUUUUAUUUUGAUAAAUAUAGUGCCAUCAACGACACGUCUACCAAGAACGUCAACGAAGCAAGGCAAUCAAACAGGUAAACACAAUUCCACAUGUAUAGAACUUUGUACCUAAAUAAUAACAAUAAGAAUUAAAAUUUGCUCGUGAAUAAGUUUCUUAAAAUCAACAAUGGUAGCUUAUACACACAUCAAGUCGCUGAAAAACUCCAAAUUAAUGCGUUGAUCCGUCCAUGCUCGUGCUGAAUUCAUCGUUAAUCUUAUCUAAUCCAAUAGGAAACUAAUUUAUUUUUAUUGUAUUAUCACUCACUCUCCUAAUUGUUCGCCAUUUAUUUUUGAUAAGUGAGUGACGAAAACAAGAGACGGCAAACACGAAACAAACAAACAAAAUAUACUUUCGCUUCUCUGGCUAAUUCCAUUAUACUUUUGCUCGAGUAUUCAGGAAUGGAGACAUUCCAUCCUCACCACGCAAGGUCCUCUGCACGUUGUUUUACUGCAGCUAGUGCUCUCUAAUAUGUUCCAAUGUUUUUCAUAAUUAGGCAAACCAUCUUCAAGUGACACCAGUUGUGGUACUGAAUGGUACAUUGUUGCGGUAUCAGUGGUGUCUGGAAUUGUCAUUGGAAUUCUUCUUUCCUACAUUGUCUGGUGUUCACAUCGUAAAUUUAGAAGUGGAAAACCUGAACGAAACCCUGAACUACGGACAACUGAAGCUGAUACAACUUAUCAAGAGCUUGAUCUUACAAAAAUAAACAAAGAAGAUAAUUAUCAAUCAUUACGAGUGAAUGCCGCAAGAAAUGAGGCUGCAAAUGACGAGGAGUCAACAUAUACUGAGUUGAGCAAGACCAGAGAUGAGGAGAACAAGUACCAAUCAUUAACUUAAUCCUGGAAUAUAUUUUUUAGGUUAAGGAAGCCUCUUCUUUAAGCAUCUCUAUAUAUAUAGGGGUCACAUGUGUCAGAUAUUUAAAACGCAGUGGCAACAGAAGCAUCUAUAGAAGUGUCUUUAAAGGCCAAGAAGGAGGUUUUUAUUCAACUUUCAAAAACUCAUUAAUAAUUCAUGAAGCAAUUAUCCAAUCUUGAGUAAGAAUUUAGUCACGUGCAUACGUCUUUAUACCAGCUAAAGAACACUUUAACAAAAGACAAUUGUUAUGCAAAC